CCGCGUGCGUGUGCGCGUUUUUCGCAGUUGGUGGUUACUCGCCGUUAAGUGCCCCUCCCCUCCACCCCCCCCAGACGCAGCACAGGCUAGGCAGGCUGUACUCCCACCGCACCGAGCGAGCCAAGCCGUCGGUAACGGAGAAGAUGGCAGAGCGGCAACAACAGAAACACGAAGGCAGGGUAAAGAUCGGCCAUUACAUCCUCGGCGACACGCUCGGAGUGGGGACAUUCGGCAAAGUGAAGAUUGGCGAGCAUCAGUUGACAGGCCAUAAAGUGGCUGUGAAGAUCCUGAACAGACAGAAGAUCCGCAGUCUCGAUGUUGUGGGGAAGAUCAAACGAGAGAUCCAGAAUCUUAAGCUGUUCAGACACCCACACAUCAUCAAGCUGUACCAGGUUAUAAGCACACCUACAGAUUUUUUUAUGGUCAUGGAGUAUGUGUCAGGAGGCGAGCUGUUUGAUUACAUCUGCAAAAAUGGACGGGUGGAGGACACUGAAGCGCGCCGCCUUUUCCAGCAGAUUAUCUCAGCCGUGGACUACUGUCACCGGCACAUGGUGGUCCACAGAGACCUCAAACCUGAGAAUGUCCUAUUGGACGCCAACAAGAAUGCCAAGAUAGCAGACUUUGGACUGUCAAACAUGAUGUCAGAUGGGGAAUUCCUACGAACGAGCUGUGGCUCACCCAACUAUGCAGCUCCAGAGGUCAUCUCAGGAAGACUCUAUGCAGGCCCAGAGGUUGACAUCUGGAGCUGUGGUGUGAUUCUCUACGCCCUGCUGUGCGGCACUCUGCCCUUUGAUGAUGAGCAUGUUCCCACACUUUUUAAGAAAAUCAGAGGAGGUGUCUUUUACAUCCCAGAGUACCUGACCCGCUCUGUGGCCUCGUUGCUAAUGCUGAUGCUGCAAGUGGAUCCUUUGAAGAGAGCCACCAUCAAAGACAUCAGGGAACACGAAUGGUUUAAGCAGGACCUACCAGGCUACCUUUUCCCGGAGGAUCCGUCAUAUGACGCGACUGUCCUAGACGAAGAAGCCGUCAGGGAAGUGUGUGAGAAAUUUGAAUGCACUGAAUCUGAGGUUGUGACCAGCCUCUACAGUGGAGAUCCACAGGAUCAGCUAGCUGUAGCCUAUCACCUCAUCAUAGAUAACAGGCGCAUCAUGACCCAGGCCAGCGAAUUCUAUUUGGCAUCUAGUCCUCCGCAGGGCUCCUUUAUAGAGGAGGGAAUGCCGCUGCCUCCCGGAAUCAAGCCGCACCCAGAGAGGAUGCCUCCACUCUUGGCUGACAGCCCCAAGUCUCGUUGUCCUCUGGAUGCUCUCAACACCACCCGGCCUAAACCACUGUCUGUUAAGAAAGCCAAGUGGCACCUGGGUAUCAGGAGUCAGAGCAGACCCUAUGAUAUCAUGGCUGAGGUGUACAGAGCUAUGAAGCAACUCAACUUUGACUGGAAGGUGGUGAACCCAUACCAUUUGCGAGUACGAAGGAAGAAUCCAGUGACAGGCAACUUGGUGAAAAUGAGCCUGCAGCUCUAUCAGGUGGACAACAGAUCCUACCUCCUUGACUUCAAGAGCAUUGAUGAUGACAUCAUCGAGGCAGUGGGCUUUAAAUCAGGGUCAUCCACUCCUCAGAGGUCAGGCUCCACAGCCGGUCUCCAUAGACCCAGAUUGAGCAUUGACUCUGCAAGUCCAGCGAUUGAUCUGCCCCAGCUCAGCUCCUCUCUCCCCGGAUCCCUGUCUGGUAGCUCUCAUCUACUCACCCCACGUCAGGGUUCACACACCAUGGACUUCUUUGAAAUGUGUGCCAGUUUGAUCACUACACUAGCACGCUGAGGCCUGCUGACCUCCCUAGCUUGCUGUAACCUGGAUGUCAGUGGGGUUUUUGAUCUGGGAUCUGGGAUGUAGGGAGUGUAGAUUUUGGAGUGACUUCUUCUUUCUGUCUCUUCUCCAUUUGUUCUGUUAUAUUGGAUUGGGGGCGCAAUUGGAACUGUGAACGACAAGGCAGGUGUGGUGUUUACCUCAGAUGAAGAGAGAGAUUAAUGAGGGAGGAAAAAAGUCAAGCUUAUUGUUUCUUGUUUUGACAGUCACUGGGUCAAAGUAGUGGUGUUUGACACAUCGGGCUAUGGCUGUGGGGAAUCGAUGAACUAGUGGAAGCCUGUAAAGUGAGGAGUGAGUGGCCACAGCUCACAGUCGCAUCAGAUUCAGCAACGGUCAAGUUCACUGUCACUCCUCCCUCAAAUACCUUCAGCUGAUUAUCAGUUGCUGAAUUUCCUUCACAGACUGUACUGCUUAAUGGUGGGACCUCUGGCCGAGUUCACCCAAGACACAUUGAUCAAAAGUCAGUUUUGCAUCUUGUCUUAUGUCCUUAGUGGGGCACUGUCAUUAAACUCGACAUCAAAUUGGCAUCAGAGGGAGGAACAUAAAAUGUAAAAUUCUGUUUCAGGUUUUUUAUUAUAUGGUUUGUAAAGAAGCUUUUGUUAUCCUUGUAUUUAUAUUACAAUCAUGUAGCUGAAACGUUUGACAGAGAUAUACCAAAUGAAAGACUUUAUACAUCAUUAAGAUUAUUAUUUAGCUGUCAGACCCAUAUUUAUUUUUGAGAGAUUGUUUUUUUUUUUUUAGGUAUUAUAGUUUUUUUUAAUCUAAAUACUACUUCAACAUAUUUUUACCUGAUUUUGAAUUGAUUGUAGAUGACUAAUGAACCUCAUGAGACAGCGGGAUGGUGCUCUGGAUGACUCUGAGUAUGUGUUGCAUUGGAUUUGAAGACAGAUGCAAACCAUCUUAUGAGAGUUUUUACAACUGCGAUACACUUCAAAGCAUACAAUCACAAGCAGCAUUUUAUAUAUCAUCCACAAAUAUGCAACACACACAGACCCAUAAAUAUGUGCGUCCCUAUGGAAGCGCUUGUCAGAGCUUCCUUCCCAUGAAUGCACAGAAUAUAAAUAUAAAAAGCAAGCAGGCCUUACAUUAAGAUGACAGUCACAUAUGCAGUAAGCUGAAUAAAGACAGGUGUUUUUGUUUUUUAACUAUCAUAUUAACCCUUUAAGUUGUGAAAAUAAGGCAGAUACUCCUUAGAAGUUGGAGACAAAUACUUGAAUGUGAGGUCUGAAAAUUAUUUUUAUUGUCCAGUGUGGCCAGUUUUUUUUUUGUUUUGUUUUUUUUAAUUUGUUAAAUUACUUCAAUAAGCCAGUGACUUUCAAAACUGAAUGACGUCAAAGGGGCAAUAAAGGACGAUGUGAGAUGGUGUGCAUCUGUUGCACAAGUGUAUAAGCCACAUAAACUUUUCUACAGUUGCCUUAAACAAUGCAACACAUUAAUUAGGUGCAUAUUUGUAUGGAGUGUGUGUUCGUGAGCUCAAGUAAGUGUGUUACUUGUUAUGUAUUUCCACUGACUUAACACUGGUGUGCUGAAAGGAUCUUUAGUAUAACUGUAAUGCCUGGGAUGUCAGAGAGGUGACGGAAUCAGAAAAGCGAGUGGCGAGUCAAACCGUGAUGUUGGUGUAUUGCAGCUGUCUGAGCUUUUGUUUAUUUCAUUUCAGUCUGCACCGGAAAACUCGUCUGCUGACGCUGACAGUUUGCAUAUUUACUGCACCACAAACUUUUACUGUAACUGUUGUUCCUGGUUGGUAUUGGUGCACACCACCGUUCUGAACUGUUCUGAACUGUUCUGCACUGUUCUGAACUGUUCUGCACCGUUCUGAACUGUUCUGCACCGUUCUGAACUGUUCUGUCAGUGAUGUUGCAUAUUGUUAUAGUCAGACAUCUUUUCUCAGCCCUCCUUUAAGACUGAAUGUAAAGUGAUAGCUGGUGCUGCUGAUAUUACUGUGUUCUUCUGGUUUUAAAACUCUGUUGUUUUGAAGGGGAAUGCGAGACUGUUGCCUUUCUCCAGUUUGCAGUAAGACAAAGAAGUCAGUGGGAUGGCAAUUACCUUUCUGCAGACUGCUGUCACAAAUAUUUGCAGAAGUGUAAAUAUGCCAUUGAGAAAUACACACUGAUAUGAAUAAGUACAGUAAAACACUGUAAAUAACUGAAAGAACGGAACAUGAAUAAAGGUCCCACUGGGAAAAAUAUUCAAGCUGCAGAAAUCUUUAAAAAAAUGUUAUAACCUGAAAAUAGAGAGCUCUGGUUCUGCACUUUGUCAGCCCUGCGGGAUGAGUACAGACAAAUGCACAGUUUUCCUUUGUGCUAAAAUUUUUUUUUUUGUUUGUUUUUGCUGUUUAUACCACUCACCUAAUCUGUGACGUCUCCCAUCAUGAGCUGAAAACACCAGAGAGGAGGUGCACGAGUCUAAUUCCCUCUCAGACCACUUGAAUUACAAUGUGCUGAAAGGUUAUUAUGGAUUUAGUAAUCCAGUGAAGCCAAAAAAAAAAAAAAACACAUUGCCUACCCCAGCUUUAAGAGUUCCUGUGAGGAAUGCUGUGAAAAUUUUUUUUUAUUUAUUUCAGAAUCUCUCAUUUGCAUAUUCAAAUUUGGCACUGCUCAAGGUUUACGCACAUCUGUCUUUGACUGCUUAAUUAAAUUAAUUUGGUUAUCGAGGUGCUCUGUUGGACCUGCAGUUGAUGUGGACUGAAAUUCUAGCUCCUAGUGGUGGUUCACGAUCACUUUGGUCAUCUGUGGAUUUUUGGAGCACUGUGAAGACUUGUGGUUGAAACAGUGAAAGCCACAUUCUGCUCUGCUGAAACCCUUUAUUUACGUGUUCUCUGUAAGCUCAUUAUUCUUUGAUGUCAGGGAGAAAUUGCGUUCCCUGCUGCAACGUGCAGCUCCACACACACACACACACACACACACACACACACCUUUGUAAACACAAGUCCACGCCCUUUGUCAGUUAUUAAUCUUACACUAUUGCUGUCUUAAAUGAUUUGUCUUCUGUCUUGUGCAGUCACAUCAAUAUCAUAUGUGGGCCUUUAUGCUUUCAUUCCUAGUUUGGAUGCUUGUAAAAAAAAAACACUAAAGAAAAUUUGCACCACUAUCCAGCAGAAGUCAUGGGUGAGAUUUAAAAACUCCUCUGACAUAACCAGUGCUUACUGUCAGGUGUACUCUAAGAUCACAACUGUAUGCAACUACCAGUGGUAUGACAGUCAUGUAACUCUUCAUUUGUGUUUAGAGCCAGAAGCCACGCCAAAGGGCCUAAUUAAAUACAAACUUCACAUGUUGUACCAAAGUGAGUAUUUUCCACAGCAAAACUGUAGUGGGGUUCUUAUGAUUAGUGUAACCCUAAAUACCCCAGUGUGUGUGUGUGUGCGUUUGUGUGUUAGCUAUGCGGGUGCACGCCGGUUGUUGUGAUUGUGUGAUUCUGCUUAUGUGCGUAUGCGUGCGUGUUUAAACGGUCUCUCCUCGUCUCUGUCUGACUGGAGUUUGGAUUUCUCUUGUUACGCACUGCAUGAUAUUGCUGUUAUGAUUUGCACUUUAAUGAAUAUUUAUUGAAAAAUAAACAUUGAAAAAUGUG